AUGGGUAUUAACAACAAUGAAAUCGAUGAUGAGGAAGAAAAAGCUGAUCAAAUUAGACGAAAUUUAGAGCUUGCUCAAAAUUUGGAUAAAUAUCUUGAUAUUGAAGACGAGUCGGUCGAUCAGUUGGAAACUAGUGUGGAGUUUUUGAACAGAUCUAACGACAUUGAACUAUCCCGAUUGAAGGACAUAUUGCUUGCUAAAAGUACUGAAUUGGAAACAUUAAAGGAAUUGCUAACUAAAGAAGCAGAAGAAAAGCUUUCUCUCUUGAAUGAUUUUCAAAAGAAAAUAAGGAUACUAGAAGCAGAGAAAGAUCGUACUAUUAUGUCCAAAAAUCAAAUACACGACUUAUUAGUUGAAAGUAAGACUGAAGUUUCGACUUUACAAAGCAAUGUGCACGAGUUAAUGGAAAAACUUAAGAAUAGUGAAACAAUUAGUUCAAACUUAACAAUAGAGCUGAAACAAACCAAAACACUUCUAUCUAAUUUGCAGUGUGAGUAUAAUACACAGCAUGAAAUGAAGCAUAAGCAUACUACGUCAUAUGUAGAAUCUACAAUUAAACGACAUCAAGAAAAAUACAGUGUUCAAUUAGAUAUAAUGCAGCAACAAAUUGAUAGUUUGUCUUCUAAGCUCAAUGACAAGGAGUGUGAAAUUCAAAUUCUAAACAAUCAAAAUAAAGAUUUGGAAUACUCCAGAAAAGCUUUAUCUGAGGAAAUCAAUAAUUUAAAAAAAAGUUCAGAAGAAAAGCAAACUUUUACGUCUCAUAACUCAUUGAUCGAUGAAAAUACAUUGUUACAGAAAAGCAAUAAAGAUCUUAUACAACAAAACCAUAUACUAAAAAAUGAAAUAUUAGAAUUACAAAAACGAUUGAAUAAAAAUCUAAUAUUUGAUGUAGAAAAUAAUGAGAAAAGGUGUCAGGAAGAAAUUCAAAAACUGAAAGUGGAGCUCGAAAAGAAAAACGAAGAUCUUCAACAUUUUAAAGCUCUGGAAAACAAAUAUAUGAUUGAAGAAAACGAAUUUAAAAAGUCAAAAAAACGCUUAGAGUAUCAAGUAUUGCAAUUAGAAGAAAACGAUUCUCCUUAUUUGGCUGAAUUGCGAGAUUUACAAUCUAAAAAUUUGGAAAUGAACAAUGCAAUUGAGAACUAUAAAAAAGAAACCGAUUGCUUGCGGAAAGACCUUCAAAAAUCAAAAGAUACUGUUGCUCAACUAGAAAAGAAAAUUGCUUUACAAGAAUCUCAAAACGAUCUUAUUUCUGAAUUAAAACAAAAAGCAAACCAAUUUGAGAUAUUUAUGAAGUCAUCAGGAGAAAAAGCUCUGGUUAGUAAAACUGUAGAAAAAGAAUCUGAUUUAAAAGUAAUUCAAGAUAUGACGCAAAAAUAUGCAAUGGAAGUUAAGAUUAUAGAAAAUAAAUGCAAAGAUCAAAUUCAAAGCUAUACAAAAAGCCAUCAACAUUCACUGAAGAAUAUCGAAAAAUUGAAAAUGUGUCUGCAAGUUAAAUGUGACGAGAUUCAGUCUCUUAAAACAAUGGCGCUUAGGGAGAGGGCUAAAAUAAAUGAAAUAAUUAUGUAUAUAGAAAAUCGAGCAAAAAAUAUUUUAGGUCACCAAACUGAAGUAAUCAAGAAAUGUAAAUUGGAGUUACAAUUGCAUCAAAAAGAAUUAGAAAAUUUAAAAAAUAUUCAAUAUAAAAAAAAUCAAGAAUACAUCAGUUCAGAGGACAAAGUACAAAGUACCACACUCAAUAAUAUUAUACGCAUAAAAGAAAAAUAUCAAUUAGCAAAAUUGACUGCACAACAAUAUAAAUAUGGUUCGCUAAAGAAAGAACAAUAUAUACAUUGUAAAAAUAAUGCAUUGAAUGAAUUUCAUGCAAAUUUAGUGUUGAAAUUGGAAAAACCAAAAUCGAUCGAUAGUGAGUAUAUCUAUAUGCAAGUAGAAAAUUUAAAGUACAACCAGAAUAUUUUUGGUAUUGAAUCUUAA